AUGGGAAGCGCCCCCUAUGUCAUGGAACAAGGCAUCAAUCAUGGGAAUCUACUAACAUUUGACCAGGAACUCGAAUUUCUCAGAGACUCAAACGUCAUCACAGACGGAUUGUUUUCUCAAAUUGCUGAAUCUAUUCCGAACCGUUACAGCGACGGAAUGGCGCCUGCAGAUGUAAGAUCGCAAGCUGGAGGAGCACAAUCUGCCGCGCCACAACCUCAAAGCCAAAACCACGAGGAACUUGCCGAAGCGCUCUACGACUACAGACCUUCGCAGCCAGAAGACUUGGAGUUGCACGUUGGUGAGAAGGUGAAGGUUUUGGAGAAGGUGUCCGCAAACUGGUGGAAGGGUUCUGUUGGUUCAAGAACUGGAAUGUUCCCAGCGAACUACGUGAGACUGUUGGGUGGUAACCCAUAUUCCCAAGGACCUGUUCAAACUGCGCCCCAGGGCCAAAUGUAUGUUCCUCCCCUGUACCCUCAACAACAACAGCAACAGCAACAGGCUCCUUUUCCACCAACGUCUACCAACUACUAUCAACAACAACCUGUUCAACAACAAGCUCCUCAGCAUCAAGAGCAAGAACAGCAUCAGCAACAAGGUAACCCAAAUUUCAAGCAGCAGCACCCACAUAUCUCCAAGUUUAGUUCAAAACUUGGAAAUGCGGCCAUCUUCGGAGCAGGUGCUACGAUAGGCUCUGACAUCAUCAACUCUAUCUUUUAA